GGAAGACCGUGCACGCCCUGACAGAAGCUGUCUAUCGGGCUGCAGCAGUCAUGUCUGGCAGAGGAAAGGGCGGAAAAGGCUUAGGCAAAGGGGGCGCUAAGCGCCACCGCAAGGUCUUGAGAGACAACAUUCAGGGCAUCACCAAGCCUGCCAUUCGGCGUCUAGCUCGGCGUGGCGGCGUUAAGCGGAUCUCUGGUCUCAUUUACGAGGAGACCCGCGGUGUGCUGAAGGUGUUCCUGGAGAACGUGAUUCGGGACGCAGUCACUUACACCGAGCACGCCAAGCGCAAGACCGUCACAGCCAUGGAUGUGGUGUACGCGCUCAAGCGCCAGGGGCGCACCCUGUACGGCUUCGGAGGCUAGGCCGCCGCUCCAGCUUUGCACGUUUCGAUCCCAAAGGCCCUUUUUAGGGCCGACCACUUGCUCAUCUGAGGAGCUGGACACUUGACUGCGUAAAGUGCAACAGUAACGAUGUUGGAAGAUCUCUGCAGCGAAUGCUUUUAACCUGUCAACUGUGAUGAAACAAACAGAAAACCAAAGCCCUGGCUUCUUUUGAGGUGCAAAUAAAUGACCGAGAAGGUGUUAUCUAAGACCUCUACAGCCAUUUGUAUCUGGCCCUGUGUAGAGUGGGCUGUGCAAGACCCUGCCUCACUUUCCCACUAAGAGGCCUUGGACUUCCCAGCUCCCAGAGACUAUAGAGAUCACCUCUGUGGCCUCCUGUCACGAUUUCCUAAGGUGAGGAACUUCAUUUGCCCAACGGAGGCCCACGUUCUCCCUGUUUGAUCUACUGUCUUCCCAAGGAUCUGAACUCGGGGACCAGCGUGUGCCCACAUGUCCGACGAAAACAAUGUAAAGGAACUACUGAGUCUGGACAGAAAAUCCAGACCUACCAUGCAGCUUCUAAGAGGACUGAGUGCCUUCACUGGAACAGUGAAUCUCCUUCUGUGGACGUGGACAGGGAACGGCUCGAUUAAGCCCAAAUUCACAAAAUUUCGCCCACCACCCCCUGCCCCGGGAAUUUUGGCUUAGGGGCAGGAUGUGGGGGUUACCACUGUGCUAGUGGAGGUGUCGCGGGACUGAACGGCAGCCCCAGCGCAGUUCUCCCCACGUUUGCCCGCAGAACCCCGGCGAGGCCGAGGUGGUCAUUUCCCUCCCUAGCCGGAUGAGGCCGGUUUGGGCGCGAAGCACGGGCGUGUGGCCCUCCACUUCCGCAAAGGCCAGGCGCGCUCAGGACCGCGAGCCCUGAGCGUCCCCCUAGUGACCCCUGGCCUCGGGCCCGACGCCCCGUCUCUCCUGCUCCGGCCUCCCCGCCACGCAGGGCCCCGGUCACGCGCGGGAGGAGCCGGCCCGCCAAAGCCCGCAAGCCGGC